AUGUCUCAGCAUGGCAUCAGCUUUGACUCGGUCCUAGAAGGUGAAUACGAUGUCGCGAACCUUGAGCAUGACACCAAUGGCGCGGGGACUGCUGCAGAAGGUAGUGCACAGAAUAGUAAUCCACAGGCGCAGGGCAAGCACUCGAAAUGGUUUCCAUAUUAUCAAGAGUACUGCACAACCGAUGAUAUGCUGCGCGAUACGUCCGACGAUGAGAACGAGCGGCUCACAAUCCAUCAUUCAUUCGAUACCAUGUUUGGUGAUACCGAUGGCUUCCCAUUCAAUGUCUGUGGCUCGCCGGCCCAGAUAACCGAUUUACACCCACCUGCUAUCAAGAUGUUUCAACUAUGGCAGGUUUAUAUUAACAAUGUGAACCCUCUCUUGAAGAUCAGCCACGUUCCAACACUCCAGGCACAAGUUGUCGAGGCAGCGGCCGAUCCUGCUAAAAUUUUCAAACCGCUAGAAGCUUUGAUGUUUGGCAUAUAUCUCGUCGCUGUGCUUUCUUUGACAGAUGAGGAGGUGGAGGCCACCUUUAAUGAAGGGAAAGCAGUGCUCCUAUCCAGAUAUCACCAGGGCACGCAGCAAGCUUUGAUAAAUGCUGGUUUCAUGAGAUCAAAUGAGCUCAUGGUGUUGCAAGCUUACUUUCUGUACCUGGUAUGUCGACCCUUACGCUUUUCCUACAGCCUUGGAUGCACCUUAUACUCCAGCAUGUGGCAACGCAUCGACUAA